GUGAUUUCAUGCAACGCCAUUUUCUUUGUGUGCAGUGUUGGAGCAGAAAUCAUCAUUGCUCCAAUUAAUCUGAAAUUUCAAGUUAUUUUCAUAAAGUUUCAAUCAUUAAACUUGUUUAAUUGACUGUGAUAUAAAGUGUUCGCGCUGUAAAUCAACAUUUUAUCAAGGGACUUGUUGUCAACAAAAGUAUUCCUCAAGUUUGAGAUCGCGUGUUGACAGGUUUCUAAAAGCUUUAAAUUUUAAUCACAAAAUAUCCAUUGCCAGAUUGAAUCACAACGAGGAUGUAUUGACGACAUCUGUUUUGUAAUCAAGGCGAUUUGAAUUUCUUUCAUCAUUUUUCUCAGCUCCAGCUUGGUUAUAAGACAAGAGGAUUAAAAAAGAAAAAAAAUGGCGUCUCGCAAGAAAGUAUUACUGAAAGUUAUCAUUCUGGGCGAUUCGGGUGUGGGAAAAACUUCUCUGAUGAACCAAUAUGUCAACAAAAAGUUCAGCAAUCAAUAUAAAGCGACAAUUGGCGCUGAUUUUCUCACAAAAGAAGUUAUGGUCGACGAUAGGAUAGUUACAAUGCAGAUUUGGGACACUGCAGGUCAAGAAAGAUUCCAAUCCCUUGGAGUUGCAUUUUAUCGAGGUGCCGAUUGUUGUGUUCUUGUAUUUGACGUCGCAGCACCAACAUCCUUCAAAUCCUUGGACUCUUGGAGGGACGAGUUUUUAAUACAAGCCUCGCCAAGAGAUCCCGACAAUUUUCCAUUCGUUGUCGUUGGCAAUAAAGUGGAACUCGAAAAUAGAGCGGUAUCCACCAAGAGAGCUCAACAGUGGUGUCAGUCAAAAAAUAAUAUUCCCUAUUUCGAAACCAGUGCGAAAGAAGGAAUCAAUGUUGAACAAGCUUUUCAAACGAUAGCGAAAAAUGCACUGGCUCAAGAAAGUGAGGUUGAACUCUACAAUGAAUUUCCCGAUCAGAUAAAAUUGACCAACGACCAAAGAAAUAAUGGCAAAGGAGAUUCUUGUGCUUGUUAGGUAUCAAAUAGACAAGUUUUUUUGAACGUUUUAUGGUUAAAAG